AUGGAAACUAAGUUGAACGGGUUGGAUCUAAGCGACCUCUAUGUUUGUGAUCUACCGGAGAAUGUUUGCACUGCCGAAAUCGAAACAAUUUCCGUCAAAGGCCUUUUGGAGCAGGACAAAGAUGAAGCAAAGCGUCUCUUCCAGUCUUGCCAAACUUACGGAGUAUUUCUACUCGAUCUCAUGGACCACCCUAAAGGCAAGCGGUUCUUGAGUGACAUGGCCGACACUGUCCGGAUUGCUCAGCACGUAUUCCAGUCAAAGACUCUGGAAGAGAAAAGAACUUAUACAACGCGACCUCGGGUAGGCAUCAUGGACAAAGGUUACAUAGCCGAGGAAACCACACCUACUGGAGAAGUCAAAUCUCACGAAGUCCUCAACGUGCCAAACUAUGAGCUUUUCAGUGCUGGAGCACCUGCCCUCGAGCUACCGCCUUGGCUGGCUCCUCACGAAGCCAUGUUCCGUCAAGUGGCAACCUCCGGUAACGAAAUCGCCAACACCAUUCUUGCCUGUCUGGAAACACAGUUGAAGCUAGCUCCUGUGACGUUGACCUCGGCACAUCGCCUAGAGGAUCCGUCUAGUGACUUCUUACGUCUGGUACGGCACCCAGGGUUCGGAGCCCGAGAAGAUGGAGAGCGAGUGUCGUUUCACGCGCACAGAGAUCUUUCAUCACUGGGUCUCCUCCUUGCCCCGUUACCGGGUCUUCAGGUCGAGCACCCAAGCGAACCGGGAGUGUUCAGAUGGGUCAGGCCCAAGCCUGGCACCAUUGUCGUUAAUGUCGGCGAGGGUUUGCAAAUUCUCACAAAUGGUGUACUAAAAGGUGUUCUCCAUCGCGUUGUGAGAGUGCCAGGCCACCUCACCGCUGUGGACCGUGUUAGCGCUCUGGUGG